AAGCCGAUGCUAAAUCGAACUACGACGAAGAUGAGACGGAAUUGCCCGAAGCUGAAAUGUAUCAAACUUGAGCACAAGCAUCUGCUAUGAAAUCUACAUGAAGAGCUCAGCGUUCACGAUAGUAUACUAGCCAAAUAUCUCAAAAAGGAUUAUAAUGUCUUAAUAUAUAUCAAAACGCCUUGUGUCAGUGGGUAUGUGCAGCUAACAGUUACAGUGCAUGCAGUGUCUGUAAGAUGUCUAUGGUGCUGUUUGCCUCUGUGGUGAGAGUAAGAGAUGGUCUACCACUCUCGGCCUCCACAGACUAUGAACAGGAUAAAGGAUUUCAGGAGACUAAGAAACAUCUCAAGGGUCUGUCCAAAAAACUCAGCCAGUUUCCUGAUCGCUGCUCGCUCAGAUCUGGCCUUUACAACAUUAAUUUCACAAGCUCUCUUGGAGUCGGGUACUUGAUGGUUUGCACAGAAACCUAUCCCAAUGUCCUGGCCUUCAGCUUCCUGGACGAGCUUCAGAGAGAGUUCAUUGUGACGUAUGACACCAAGCGGAUCAACAGCGCCUUGAGGCCCUUCUCUUUCAUUGAGUUUGAUAACUUCAUUCGGAAAACCAAGCAACGUUACAACAGCCCACGUUCCCUCUCGACCAAGAUUAAUCUGGCCGACAUGCAGACUGAGAUCAAGCUCCGGCCUCCUUAUCAGCUGUCCGCGGAGGACAUCAGAUCAAUCAACGGCUUCUCACAACACGAGCAGUCUAAAUAUAAAGGCAUAGCUCCUAAUCAAAUGCUGGAGGCCAUCACCCUGUCGGGUAUCGUCGCCUGCGUCCUAAGUGUCCUGUGUGGCGCUCUUAACUUGCUGCGGGGAGUCCACGCAAUAGAAAGCGUAUUGCAGAACGAGGAUGAAGACUUUAAUUACGUGAUUGCUUUUUUCCUCGGAACCACGGCCUGUUUGUAUCAGUGCUACUUGUUCGCGCACUUCUCAGUUUGGAGGAACAUCAAGUCAUUCCUGGCCUUUGCUAUGAUCUGUCUAUGUAACAUGUAUCUGUAUGAACUCCGUAACUUGUGGCAGAUCCUCUUUCACGUGACGGUGGGAGCGUUCAUCACUCUGCAGAUCCACCUGAGACAACCGCAGGGCAAAUCACCUGACUACAACGUUUGACCCAAUAUGGAAACCCCAACCUGUUCCCACCCCAUCUGAGGACAAAAUAACUAUUUUGAAUCAGGUUUAACCAAUUAUUUUGAUGUUGUUCAAGAAACACUUCCUGCUGUUUGACAUCCAGUUGCAGUCACAGAUGAGAAACCGUUGUUCUGAUUGAAGCAAAUGGUUCAUUACAGUAUUAGAUUCAUGCAUGGAAUAUUAAAGAAAGCAUUACUAUAUGAAUCUGAUGUGCACAAUUAAUAUAUUUUCCAAUAAGAAGGAGUUUUAGUUAUUUUUUUGUUUUAAUUGACAUCACGACUUAAAAAGACGGCUCACCCAAAAAUGAAAAUUCCGUCAAGAUUUUCCAAAAAAUGUUCACAGGGCUUUCCUCCAUACAAUAAACGUGGAUUGUGAACAGGGUCUGUCAAUUAUAUAUAAAUAUAUAUAUAUAUAUAUAUAUAUAUCUAUAUAUCUCGACAGUUGUGGUAAUUAUUCACAUUUUAUUGUGUUAAAAAGCAGCUUAUGCAUUCAUCUAAACAUCUUCAUUUGUGUUUCACGGAAUAAAGAAAUUAUUAAAAAUGUCAUUUUUGGGUGAGCCAUACAAGGUCCUUUACAAUGCAAUUUUAGAUAUAUUUUGUAUGAUUUUUUUCUCUAUUUUGAUUGUUGAAACUCAUGCAAGAUUUUUUUUUAUAGCUGCCUAUAUACUGUAUGUGAAAUGUAACAUUGCUGGAUUUUCACUCAUUUCCACAGGUUUUAUUUUGUCAUAUGCUUUCAUAGAUGCCUAGUUUGAGUGUCACUGUGGUCAUUAGUCAGACGUCUCUUCUCUAAAAGCAUAAUCAGAUGUGUUAUUUAUCAGUCCUCUAUGCUAUCUGCAGGUGUGCUUCCUGCAAAUGAAUGUGGUUGGCUAAGAGAGAAACUGAAUCACUCUAAUAUCACUCUCAGUGUUUGCUGCCUUUUGACAAUGGAUCUUUUCAGUGACCAUGUUGUGCUGUAUGAAUGAGUUAUGUUUUAUUCUCUUUCUAUUCACCUGGUUUGUUUUCACUGUGCAAAUGACAAGUUGAACGCAUGAUUGCCAGAUUAAGGGUCAGGGGGUUUCAAAAUUCUUCAAAUGUACAUGCAUUUCUUUUUCUUUUUUCCCAAAGUGUCAGUGAUCAAAGAUUGAAUCUUCAUCUUUGCAUUGCAGUGUACCUCGAUGCUCCCUCUCCAGCAGUAGUGCAUUGCCAGUGUGUGUUUGUAUGCAAAUGAAAGGCCCUGUCCUGAAACCAUCAGUAAAAGCCUUGAAUUUGUA